GAGAGGACAGAUUUCCGCUUCUCCAAAAAUUUAAGGAGAACAUUCAAAGCGUCCAACUUCUUUCCCCAUCUUCCUCCGUCCCAGUCCUAACUCCAACACCUCAGUACUGGAGUCCCUUCUCGCCAGUAUUUGGUAGGAUCGGUUCGAGGAGAGCGCCCGCGUCGGCAUUGACAACUGCCACUCUUUACCCUUCUUUUCCUCCAUUCCCAACGCCUGCAAGCAGAAGCGUGAGGGUUCGGUUUUCUACACACAACUUUCAGCCAUGGAACGGCGAUCACGGAGCUGGGCCAUCGGCCUCAGCUUCAUUGGGUUCUUCGCCCUCUUAUUUUCAAUUGGCUUCGUCCAGCAGGUCCAAGCAGACGAUGCUGCUGACUACGGGACCGUGAUUGGUAUUGAUCUGGGCACCACAUACUCGUGUGUUGGCGUGAUGCAAAAGGGCAAGGUCGAGAUUCUGGUCAACGAUCAAGGAAACCGUAUUACACCCUCAUACGUCGCCUUCACCGAUGAAGAGAGAUUGGUGGGAGACGCGGCCAAGAACCAGGCUGCGGCUAACCCGCACAACACCAUCUUUGACAUCAAGCGCCUGAUCGGUCGCAAGUUCUCGGAGAAGGAAGUUCAGACAGAUAUCAAGCACUUCCCCUACAAGGUUGUCUCCAAGGAUGACAGGCCUGUUGUCAAGGUUACUGUGUCUGGUAGCGAGAAGACCUUCACCCCCGAGGAAAUCUCCGCCAUGGUUCUGGGCAAGAUGAAAGAGACCGCUGAGGCCUACCUCGGAAAGAAGGUUACCCACGCAGUUGUUACCGUCCCUGCCUACUUCAACGACAAUCAGCGUCAGGCAACCAAGGAUGCCGGUAUGAUCGCUGGUCUCAACGUUCUCCGUAUCGUCAACGAGCCCACCGCCGCCGCCAUCGCCUACGGCUUGGAUAAGACCGAGGGUGAGCGCCAGAUUAUCGUCUACGACCUUGGUGGUGGCACAUUCGAUGUCUCGCUUCUGUCGAUUGACCAGGGUGUCUUCGAAGUCUUGGCUACUGCCGGUGAUACCCACCUGGGUGGUGAGGAUUUCGAUCAGCGCGUCAUCAACCAUUUCGCCAAGGCCUUUAACAAGAAGCACGGUGUCGACGUCACCACUGACCCUAAGGCGAUGGGUAAGCUCAAGCGUGAGGCCGAGAAGGCGAAGCGCACUCUGUCCAGCCAGAUGUCCACUCGCAUUGAGAUUGAGGCCUUCUUCCAAGGCAAGGACUUCAGCGAGACCCUGACCCGCGCCAAGUUCGAGGAGCUCAACAUGGAUCUUUUCAAGAAGACCCUGAAGCCUGUUGAGCAGGUCCUCAAGGACGCCAAGGUCAGCAAGAACGAGGUUGACGACAUCGUCCUUGUCGGCGGUUCUACCCGUAUCCCCAAGGUGCAGGAGCUCAUCAAGGAGUUCUUCAAUGGCAAGGCGGCUAGCAAGGGUAUCAACCCCGACGAGGCCGUUGCCUUUGGCGCUGCUGUGCAGGCCGGUGUGUUGAGUGGUGAGGAGGGUACAGAGGAGAUCGUGCUCAUGGAUGUCAACCCGCUUACCCUUGGUAUCGAGACCACCGGUGGCGUCAUGACCAAGCUCAUCCCCCGCAACACCCCUAUUCCGACCCGCAAGAGCCAGAUCUUCUCGACCGCCGCCGACAACCAGCCGGUUGUGCUCAUCCAGGUUUACGAGGGCGAGCGUUCCAUGACCAAGGACAACAACCUGCUUGGCAAGUUCGAGCUCACUGGUAUCCCGCCUGCCCCCCGUGGCGUGCCUCAAAUUGAGGUUUCGUUUGAGCUCGAUGCCAAUGGUAUCCUCAAGGUCUCCGCCCACGACAAGGGCACUGGCAAGGCCGAAUCCAUUACAAUCACCAACGACAAGGGCCGUCUCACCCAGGAGGAGAUUGAGCGUAUGGUUGCCGAGGCCGAGAAGUAUGCCGAGGAAGACAAGGCUACCCGUGAGCGUAUUGAGGCUCGCAAUGGUCUUGAGAACUACGCCUUCAGCUUGAAGAACCAGGUCAACGAUGAGGAGGGUCUGGGCAAGAAGAUUUCGGAUGAGGACAAGGAGACCAUCCUUGACGCCGUCAAGGAGGCUCAGGACUGGCUCGAGGAGAAUGCCGCGACCGCCACCACCGAGGACUUUGAGGAGCAGAAGGAGAAGCUGUCCAACGUGGCCUACCCCAUCACGAGCAAGCUGUACUCUGGACCUGGUGGUGCUGAGGGUGAGAAGGACGAGCCGUCGGCUCAUGAUGAACUUUAAAUUAGUACCAUAGAUUCCCCGUUUUCGUGUUUUAUCGGUUUUGAUGGCAUAAAAAGAAGCCACCCUGAGUUUUAGGGUAUCUUUUGUGUUUCCCCCUGCUUAUGGUGUGCUUCCCGGUGUUUGGCAGGUAAAUCUGGGCACGGAGUUUUGCAUGUGAAUGGUGGGAAGACUGCGGUGGCGCAGCAGUGGGUUAUGUGUAUAGUAUGAGUCGGUGGAAAAAGUGGCAGUGGCACAUACGACUUGAGAUUCUCAACCUAUUUGUGCCCAAGUUUUCCUCUUCCUGUGUCUCUUUCUGGAGGGCGCUCGUAGUUCCACUCCUCUUCCCGUGCUGUGAGUUUAGACCAGUGCUCUGGUGGAAUUUGAGCCAAGGUUCUCCGCUGUGGCUGCCGCUGGACCUUCCUCAAGUGACUUGCAAAACUCAACCGUCUAUAGGCUUGGACCUGGUGGAUCUUAGCUAGGGCCUGGACGAGCAUAAACAAUUG